GAAAACCUCCGAGCCGGCUCUGAAGCGCCGGUUGAGACCGAUACUGGGGACUCUUGGGGGGCGGGUGGAGGGCAGGUUUUGUGCUGGAUGCGGCCCCUGCCUCCCCGGACCCCAAAGCUAGGACUUGACUACGCUGCAGCUCCAGUUCGGGAGGACCCUGGUACAUCAGAACAGAUGCAUCUUUUGUGGUUGAUUUCAUCUUACACGAAAGAAGUCCAGGGAUGAUAUAUUCUUGGGUUGUAUUUCUUCACCUCAGAAUUCAACCACUUCAGUGCACAAACCCUGCCUCUUUGCUUACUGGGACACAUAUAACCUCAAUGAACAUCUGCUGGACAGGUCCUUUCUGCUGAAUUUUUGGCUCUUUUUUUUUUUAUUUUUCCCCCCACAUGUAAGUUAGAAGACAAGUGAGUCAAAAGUUACCUGCUUUGGUGAAUAACUUGUUUCUUAGAACAUGGGCCCUCGCUUAAAGUGGACCCCACUAAGGAUGAAGUUGCAGCUGUGAACCUCGGCUGUCUGUUGGCAUUGAAGAGACCUGAUGUUUUACGUUAUUGGUGGAAUCACAGUGUCUGUGGUUGCAUUCUUCUUCACAAUUAAGUUCCUCUUUGAGCUUGCCGCACGUGUAGUCAGCUUUCUUCAAAAUGAAGACCGUGAGCGCCGUGGGGACCGGACUAUUUAUGACUACGUGCGGGGAAAUUACCUGGAUCCCCGGUCCUGCAAAGUGUCCUGGGAUUGGAAGGACCCCUAUGAGGUGGGCCACAGCAUGGCCUUCCGAGUGCAUUUGUUCUAUAAGAAUGGACAGCCUUUCCCUGCACAUCGGCCCGUGGGACUGCGAGUUCACAUCUCUCACGUCGAACUAGCAGUGGAAAUUCCAGUGACCCAGGAAGUACUCCAAGAGCCAAAUUCCAACGUGGUCAAGGUGGCCUUCACUGUGCGCAAGGCUGGGCGUUACGAGAUCACUGUGAAGCUUGGUGGAUUAAAUGUGGCCUAUAGUCCCUACUAUAAAAUUUUUCAGCCUGGAUUGGUGGUUCCUUCCAAGACCAAAAUUGUGUGCCAUUUUUCUACUCUUGUGUUGACCUGUGGUCAGCCACACACCCUGCAAAUAGUGCCCCGAGAUGAGUAUGACAACCCGACCAACAAUUCCACUUCCCUGAGAGAUGAGCACAACUACAGUUUGUCCAUUCAUGAGCUCGGUGCUCAAGAAGAAGAGAAGAAUGAAGUCUCCUUUGAGAAGUCGGUGACAUCCAACAGGCAGACAUGCCAGGUGUUCCUGCGGCUCACCCUGCAUUCUCGAGGUUGCUUCCAUGCCUGCAUUUCAUACCAGAACCAACCCAUCAAUAAUGGCGAAUUUGACAUUAUUGUCCUCAGUGAGAAUGAGAAGAAUAUUGUUGAACGCAAUGUGUCCACCUCAGGAGUGAGCAUCUACUUUGAGGCUUACCUUUACAAUUCCAACAACUACACAAGCACACCGUGGCAUCUUCCUCCCAUGCACGUGAGCUCCUCUCAGCGCCGGCCCUCCACUGCUAUUGAGGAGGACGAUGAAGACUCGCCCUCUGAGUGCCAUACCCCUGAGAAAGUGAAGAAGCCCAAGAAGGUGUACUGUUAUGUGUCACCAAAGCAAUUCUCAGUGAAGGAAUUCUACCUGAAAAUCAUCCCCUGGCGCCUCUACACCUUCCGAGUAUGCCCUGGGACAAAGUUUUCAUAUCUUGGCCCUGACCCUGUUCACAAGCUCCUCACACUGGUGGUGGAUGAUGGCAUUCAGCCUCCUGUGGAGCUCAGCUGCAAGGAAAGGAACAUCCUAGCUGCCACUUUCAUCCGUUCCCUGCACAAGAACAUCGGGGGAUCUGAGACCUUUCAAGACAAGGUGAACUUUUUCCAGCGAGAGCUUCGGCAGGUACAUAUGAAGAGACCUCAUUCCAAAGUCACCCUGAAGGUCAGCAGACACGCCUUGUUGGAAUCGUCUUUGAAGGCCACUAGGAACUUUUCCAUCUCAGAUUGGAGCAAGAACUUUGAAGUGGUUUUCCAGGAUGAAGAAGCUUUGGAUUGGGGAGGGCCUCGCCGGGAAUGGUUUGAGCUAAUCUGCAAAGCACUGUUUGAUACCACCAGUCAGCUCUUCACCCGGUUCAGUGACACCAACCAAGCACUAGUACAUCCUAACCCUAAUCGCCCGGCUCACCUGCGAUUGAAGAUGUAUGAAUUUGCAGGGCGGCUGGUGGGCAAGUGUUUGUAUGAAUCCUCUCUAGGAGGAGCCUAUAAGCAAUUGGUCCGUGCCCGUUUCACUCGGUCUUUCCUGGCCCAAAUCAUAGGACUACGUAUGCAUUACAAGUACUUUGAAACAGAUGACCCAGAAUUCUACAAGUCCAAAGUUUGCUUUAUCCUCAACAACGACAUGAGCGAGAUGGAGCUGGUCUUUGCAGAAGAAAAAUACAACAAAUCAGGUCAACUGGAUAAGAUUGUAGAACUCAUGACAGGUGGAGCUCAGACCCCAGUCACCAAUGCAAAUAAAAUCUUCUAUUUAAACUUGCUAGCUCAGUAUCGACUGGCCAGUCAAGUGAAAGAGGAGGUGGAACAUUUCCUAAAAGGUUUGAAUGAGUUGGUUCCUGAGAAUCUUUUGGCCAUUUUUGAUGAGAAUGAACUUGAGCUGCUGAUGUGUGGGACUGGAGACAUCAGUGUGUCUGACUUCAAAGCCCAUGCUGUAGUGGUUGGUGGCUCCUGGCAUUUCAGAGAAAAGGUCAUGAGGUGGUUUUGGACUGUGGUUUCCAGUCUGACCCAGGAGGAAUUGGCUCGGCUACUUCAGUUCACAACAGGCUCCUCUCAGCUUCCGCCUGGAGGCUUUGCAGCCCUCUGUCCCUCAUUUCAGAUCAUCGCUGCUCCGACCCACAGCACUCUUCCUACUGCACACACAUGUUUUAACCAACUGUGCCUCCCUACAUAUGACUCGUAUGAAGAGGUGCACAGGAUGCUGCAGCUGGCCAUCAGUGAGGGUUGUGAGGGCUUUGGCAUGCUCUGACCACUCCUCUGUCACCUGCUUGGCUCCCACACUCUCUAGAACAUCUGGAUACAUGUUAACAAGUAUAACCACUGACCUUAACACGCAUAACCAUUAGCCAGAGGAUACUGCAUGCUCCCUCGCGUCAUCUACAAGCCUUGUUCUUACCUCACCCCCUCUGUGUCCACAUUUACCGCAGGCCGCUUGGGCACAUGGUACGUACCUGUCUGAGCUCCACUCAGUCAUGAGACGAGGACCAUGCUGCUGUCAUUUCAUUUGGUCCUUUGAAGAUGUCUGUAGCUGGAUCUGCCUCAGUGGCUGGGAGAGAUGGAUGACACGGAGGACUCGGUUCUGUUGGAAAGCGGGCAUGCUGAGAUCCUUACACCAUGCCUUGUUCCAGCACCUUCUGCUCCUUGGAAAUACCCUCCUUGAUCUCACUACUUGACCAGACUGGCACAUGACCCCUCCUCCUGGGCAACCCAUCACCUCUUCUCAUCAGUAGCCAGGAGGAGCACAGACAGAAGGUGACUCACAAGCCGUCGGAUUUGUCCUCCCAUGUAAUGGCUGGCACAGGCCAUGGCACCGAGGGGGCUGAUCGUACAGAAGGAUCUCUUGGUGACAACUGAAAAAGACGCUCCCUGUGGGCAGUUUUGAAAAGGAUCUUCAAUCUAUGAAGAGUGUGCUAAGCUUUCGGUUGAGUCUGAGGCAGUGAGGAAAGCAGUCAGAAAAACGCGAAGGAUGGCUGUGCUGUGGCCCCCAGUGCUGGCCGUGCUUCUCUUGGGGAAGGGCCGCGUCCAGGCAUGUGGAUGGCUUGAAGGCUACUGAUGGCUCUUCUCUGAGCUGCCUGUUUGUGCUGAAGGAUGCCUUGGCCUGACCACACCACUGACCUCCAACUUAUGCAGUCCAUUAAGAACUGUCUUUCGCAUUCUUCUGGAGGAAUUUGGGAGCAAAGGAUGGAGAUAGUGAACAUAGCCUGCUGCCUCCAUUUGGUGGUGGUCUCUGGCAGCACUGGGGCUGAACCGCCAUCACAGGUCCUGGGUCAGGCCACUGGGUUAGGCAUGGUGGAGACAGAGCAGCAGUAAAUACCUAACAAUUCCAGGUACUUGGCUUCAUCAGCUACCAGGAAGGGGAACUGAGGAGGGAGGAAGCUACGUUGGGUUCACCAUUAUGUGGUGAUGGAAGAGAACUUGUCAGUCUCUUGGAAGAUGAUAACAUCUCUUUCUAUUAGUGUUUGAGUGAAAACAACAUUAAGACUCAAGAUCAAAUGGACUUUGCAGUUUCUGUCUUUAAUAAGGCUUUGCUAUAAACCACCAUUUCUGAUGGGGUACUCACUUAGAAUAUUAUAAGCCAUCUUUAUUGCCAAAACCAGCAAGUACGCAGAAUCCCGAGACAAGGCAGUUCUUGUGACAGUGCCUUGGCCUGGAAGCAUGUCUGAGCCCUCCUGUUCCCAGGAAUCACGAGACACAAGCCCUCCUGAGCUGCUAGAAUUCCAGCCUGACCUCCUUUGCAGUCAUCGUUUGUCCUUUCUUGGCGUGGGUGCUGACCUCACUUAUCCUUGGGGUGUAAGACCUGGCACCAGGGCUUCUACACCCCAGGAUCCUCCAUGCCACAUGGUCACUGCUCUCCUCAGGGACCAGGACAAGGUGCUGCUGCUUGCCCACACUUUUCCCAUGAAACAUGUACAAGAUAGUUUACCCAUUACCCUGCUGCCUCUCGGGCCUCCGUUGGGGCUUCCAGCUGGGGUAUAUAUAGGCUGUCUUGGCUGUCUGGGGCAGUUGUUCCUGUCCUGGAUUCUGCAGUCCCAGCUGCAGUACCCCUCUCAAGAUUAUACGGCAGUGGGGGGAGGUUUGAGUUUAUACUCUUGGCUAGACCUGUCCUUUUAUGCUCUAGUCAUAGCACUUUUUCAAAGUCUCCGAGGCACUGUUGCAGCCCAGCCGGGGCAGUUCUAUUCUAGGGUGGUCUUUAGGCACCAAAGUCUUUAACAAAAAACCCCUUUAGUACUGUGUGAUUUUUCUAUUCCAGUUUUCUCUCUCCUAACUAUUGAGAAGCAGUUUUGCUCUCUUUUGCAUUUUCUUUUACCUUUUUUUUUUUUCUAAUACUGCUUGGGCACUAGCCAGUCCAGUGGGGAAGACAUACAGAAUGUGGGAGAGAUAAAAGGAGAUGUUAUUCCCUGGGCAGUUUUCUAUUCAUAUCCCUUAUUUUGGCCAGUUCUUCUGUUAAUGCUUUGUGACAUAGGCACUUGGGAGGCCAGCUGCUCUCCUGGCUUUUGGCUUUUCAGUGUCCUUGAAGGAGACAAGUCAUGAAAUGAAAACCAAGAACAGUGUCGGCGUGGUUCUAGAAACUUGGCAGAGACUGAGCUCUCUGCACAUUGUCAGGCAAGAUCUGGACGUCUGCAACUGGAGAUGUAAAUAGUUUGUACAGUAAAUAAAAUGUCUACAAGAA